UUUGGGUUUUAUCAUAAUCUUUGCCUUUUUAUGUUUUAUAGAAAUAAAUAUCUUCCUUCAAUAGAUGAAAAUGAAAAUACAGAAGAAAGAGAAGCAGUUGUCAAAUUUAAAAGUUCUGAAUCACUCCCCAAUGUCUGAUGCCUCUGUCAAUUUUGACUACAAACCCCCAUCACCAUUUGACUGCAGCACUGAUCAGGAAGACAAGAUUGAAGAUGUUGCUAGUUGCUGUCUGUCCCAGAAGGACCUGUACACCCCUGAAGAGGAUGCUGCUACCCUUUUUCCUAGGAAAAUGACAUCCCAUAAUGGGAUGGAGGACAGUGGAGGAGGAGGUACUGGAGUGAAGAAGAAACGGAAGAAAAAGGAGCCAGGAGAGCAAGAGGGUGCAGCAAAGGGAAGCAAGGACAGGGAGCCCAAGCCAAAGAGGAAGCGAGAACCGAAAGAGCCAAAGGAACCCAGGAAGGCUAAGGAGCCGAAGAAGGCCAAGGAGCCCAAGGAGCCGAAACAGAGGGAUGGAGCAAAGAAGGCGCGGAAGCCCCGGGAGGCCUCGGGCUCCAAGGAGGCCAAAGAAAAGAGAAGCUGCGCUGACUCUGCAGCCAGGACGAAGUCCAAGAAGGCCAGCAAGGAGCAAGGACCAACCCCAGUGGAGAAAAAGAAGAAAGGAAAAAGGAAAAGUGAAACUACAGUGGAGAGUUUAGAGCUGGAUCAGGGCCUGCCGAACCCAUCCCUGCGGAGUCCUGAGGAGUCCACUGAGUCUGCAGACAGCCAGAAACGACGCUCAGGACGGCAAGUAAAGCGCAGAAAAUACAAUGAGGACCUGGAUUUCAAAGUGGUGGAUGAUGAUGGGGAAACAAUCGCUGUUCUUGGAGCUGGCCGAACAUCUGCACUCUCAGCUUCUACUCUGGCAUGGCAGGCAGAGGAGCCUCCAGAAGAUGAUGCAAACAUCAUUGAGAAGAUCCUGGCAUCUAAGACUGUCCAGGAGGUUCACCCGGGAGAACCUCCAUUCGACUUGGAGCUAUUCUACGUUAAGUACAGAAAUUUUUCCUACUUACAUUGUAAAUGGGCCACAAUGGAAGAGCUUGAAAAGGAUCCUCGCAUCGCACAGAAGAUCAAGCGAUUUAGGAAUAAACAAGCCCAGAUGAAGCACAUUUUUACCGAGCCUGAUGAAGACUUGUUCAAUCCAGACUAUGUAGAAGUUGAUCGCAUCUUGGAGGUGGCCCAUACCAAGGAUGCAGAAACAGGGGAGGAAGUGACACAUUACCUGGUGAAGUGGUGCUCACUGCCAUACGAAGAAAGCACGUGGGAGCUAGAGGAAGACGUGGAUCCUGCGAAAGUUAAAGAAUUUGAAUCUCUUCAAGUUCUCCCUGAAAUUAAGCAUGUGGAGCGGCCUGCUUCAGACUCCUGGCAGAAACUCGAGAAAUCUCGGGAAUAUAAGAACAGUAACCAGCUCCGGGAGUACCAGCUGGAGGGGAUGAACUGGCUUCUUUUUAACUGGUAUAACAGAAAAAACUGUAUUUUGGCUGACGAGAUGGGCCUAGGGAAAACCAUCCAGUCCAUCACAUUCCUUUCAGAAAUAUUCCUCAGGGGAAUCCACGGCCCUUUUCUCAUCAUUGCCCCUCUCUCCACCAUCACUAACUGGGAGCGGGAGUUCAGGACUUGGACGGAGAUGAAUGCCAUUGUGUACCACGGCAGCCAGAUCAGUAGGCAGAUGAUUCAGCAGUAUGAAAUGGUGUACAGAGAUGCACAGGGAAACCCCCUUUCAGGAGUCUUCAAGUUCCAUGUUGUCAUCACAACAUUUGAGAUGAUCCUGGCAGACUGCCCAGAGCUGAAGAAGAUUCAUUGGAGCUGUGUGAUAAUUGAUGAAGCUCACAGAUUGAAGAAUAGGAACUGCAAACUUCUGGAGGGUCUAAAGCUCAUGGCCCUGGAACAUAAAGUGCUUCUCACAGGAACACCCUUGCAGAACUCCGUGGAGGAGCUCUUCAGUUUGCUAAAUUUUCUGGAGCCAUCACAGUUUCCUUCAGAGACUGCUUUCUUAGAGGAGUUUGGAGAUCUGAAAACAGAGGAGCAGGUAAAGAAACUGCAAUCUAUCCUGAAGCCAAUGAUGCUUCGGAGGCUAAAAGAUGAUGUGGAAAAGAACCUUGCUCCCAAACAAGAGACGAUCAUUGAGGUAGAACUGACCAAUAUCCAGAAAAAGUACUACCGUGCCAUCCUGGAGAAGAACUUUUCGUUUCUGACCAAGGGGGCAAAUCAGCACAACAUGCCCAAUCUCAUCAACACCAUGAUGGAGCUGAGAAAGUGCUGUAACCAUCCCUACCUGAUCAAUGGGGCAGAGGAGAAAAUUCUCGAAGAUUUCCGAAAAUACCACAGCCCUGAUGCCCCUGACUUUCAGCUGCAGGCCAUGAUUCAGGCAGCAGGGAAGCUGGUGCUGAUUGAUAAACUGCUCCCUAAGCUGAUUGCAGGUGGCCACAAGGUACUCAUCUUCUCCCAGAUGGUGCGCUGCCUCGAUAUUCUGGAAGAUUAUCUCAUCCAGAGAAGAUACACCUAUGAGCGAAUUGAUGGGCGAGUACGGGGAAACCUGCGCCAGGCAGCCAUCGACCGGUUCUGUAAGCCAGACUCAGACCGCUUUGUCUUUCUUCUGUGCACCAGAGCGGGAGGCCUGGGGAUCAAUCUCACAGCUGCUGAUACCUGCAUCAUAUUUGAUUCUGACUGGAACCCACAAAAUGACUUGCAGGCUCAGGCCCGAUGUCACCGCAUAGGGCAGAGCAAAGCCGUGAAGGUGUAUCGCCUCAUCACUCGGAAUUCCUACGAGCGGGAGAUGUUUGACAAGGCCAGCCUAAAGCUGGGGCUGGACAAGGCGGUUCUCCAGGACAUCAACCGAAAGGGCAGCACCAAUGGGGUACAGCAGCUCUCAAAAAUGGAGGUGGAGGACCUGCUUCGGAAAGGUGCUUAUGGAGCCCUAAUGGAUGAAGAAGAUGAAGGCUCCAAGUUCUGUGAAGAAGAUAUAGACCAGAUUCUACAGAGGAGAACCCACACCAUCACCAUCCAGUCCGAGGGGAAAGGGUCCACUUUUGCCAAGGCUAGCUUUGUGGCUUCAGGAAACAGAACAGAUAUUUCCUUAGAUGAUCCUAACUUUUGGCAGAAAUGGGCUAAAAUAGCUGAACUAGACACUGAAGCAAAGAACGAAAAGGAAAGCUUAGUGAUCGACCGACCUCGUGUGAGAAAGCAGACCAAACACUACAACUCAUUUGAGGAAGACGAGCUCAUGGAAUUUUCAGAAUUAGACAGUGACUCGGAUGAAAGGCCCACGAGAUCCAGGCGCCUCAAUGACAAAGCGAGGCGCUACCUCCGAGCCGAGUGCUUCCGGGUAGAGAAGAACCUGCUCAUCUUUGGCUGGGGCAGGUGGAAGGACAUCCUGACUCAUGGCCGAUUCAAGUGGCAUCUGAACGAGAAGGACAUGGAGAUGAUUUGCCGUGCCCUGCUGGUGUACUGUGUCAAACAUUAUAAGGGGGACGAGAAGAUCAAGAGUUUCAUCUGGGAAUUGAUUACACCUACCAAAGACGGGCAGGCCCAGACCCUCCAGAACCACUCAGGGUUGUCUGCCCCAGUCCCCAGAGGGAGAAAGGGGAAGAAGACGAAGAACCAGCUGCUACUCCCAGAGCUGAAGAAUGCAGACUGGCUGGCCACCUGCAACCCUGAAGUGGUCCUACAUGAUGAUGGCUACAAGAAGCAUCUCAAACAACACUGCAACAAGGUGCUUUUGCGAGUCCGGAUGCUGUACUACCUAAAAGCUGAAAUACUGGGGGAAGCAGCUGAGAAAGCAUUUGAAGGAACUCCUGCCAGGGAGCUGGAUGUGCCUCUGCCCGACAUCGACUACAUGGAAAUCCCAGUGGAUUGGUGGGAUGCUGAGGCUGAUAAGUCCCUUCUCAUUGGCGUGUUCAAGCAUGGUUAUGAGAGGUAUAAUGCCAUGCGAGCAGACCCAGCACUUUGCUUCCUGGAGAAAGUCGGGAUGCCAGAUGAGAAGUCCCUUUCUGCAGAACAGGGAGUUGCAGAUGGGACCUCCGACAUUCCUGAAAGAGGCAAUACAGAUAAAGAAGACAAUGCUGAGGACAAAUUAGAUGGUCUCCAGAAACAAACGGAGAGCUCCAGUGAAGGAGGUGAUGGCAUUUUUGGUGAAAAGAAGGAUGACAGCCGGGCAGCCCAGGAUGGCUCCGACCCAGACAAAUCACCCUGGCCAGUUUCAUCUGCUCUCACAGCUCGUCUCAGACGUCUGGUCACUAUUUACCAGCGCUGCAACCGAAAGGAACUCUGCCGACCUGAAAUUCUGGGACCAGGUAACCAAGGAUAUUGGGUUCAAGAAGAGAUGUUCAGGAGAACCUCAGAAAUGGACCUCAUCAACAAAGAAGCUCAAAAGAGGUGGACUAGGAGAGAACAAGCAGACUUCUAUAGAACAGUGUCUUCCUUUGGUGUCGUUUAUGAUCAAGAAAAGAAAACUUUUGACUGGACACAGUUCCGUGUCAUAUCCCGUUUGGACAAGAAGUCGGAUGAGAGCCUGGAACACUAUUUUUAUAGUUUUGUGGCUAUGUGCCGGAAUGUCUGUCGUCUGCCCGCGUGGAAAGAUGGUGGUCCCCCAGAUACCACCAUCUACAUCGAACCCAUCACUGAGGAACGGGCUGCAAGAACUCUGUACCGCAUUGAACUGUUACGGAAGGUCCGAGAGCAAGUGCUCAAGUGUCCUCAGCUGCAUGAACGCCUCCAGCUGUGCAGGCCCAGCCUCUACCUCCCAGUCUGGUGGGAGUGUGGGAAGCAUGAUCGAGACCUGCUCAUUGGCACCGCCAAACACGGGCUGAACCGCACUGAUUGUUACAUCAUGAACGACCCUCAGCUGUCCUUCCUGGAUGCCUAUAGAAACUACGCCCAGCAUAAAAGAUCUGACACUCAGGCACCAGGAAGUCUCUGUUGCCUUUACCAAACCAACUCCAAAUUAUAUGAAUCUCUUACAUAUACUCAAAUGAGUAGGACUUCAGAGACCCUUGAAAAUGAACCUGAGAAUCUAGUGAAAAUAGAAAGUAGAGAUGAUCAUCUCAGUCUGCCUGAUGUGACUUGUGAAAAUUUGAUUUCUAAAGUUCAGGAUGUCAUUUCCAUCAACCGUGAUGAAAGUCUGCUGCCUGAGUCCUUGGAGAAUGUGAUGUAUGGUAAGAAGGGGCUCAGCCGAGAACCAGGCUCUUUCCAGGAGAGCCCAAGUACCAGUACGGAAUCCAGAAGAGAUGCUGCUGCCAUCUCGGCAAGCCAAGAUGAGAAUUACCAGCCUGGUGGCCAAGAGGUAGAAGUAGCUUCAGGCCCCUCUUUUUUGAGUAGCUUAGAAACUAGAGUAGCUGAAGUGAAUAUUAAAAAUGGAAAACAUUUGUUGAUGUCUACUUCAGAGGAAGAAGAGUUCUGCUGCAAUGUGGCAGGGCCAAGACCUGACGGCGUCGGGCCACUAGAAACCAAGUGCUUAGCUUCCCCUUCCUUGGAUCCAGGAGGCGAAAGUGGGUUUGCAGAUAUGUGCAAUCUUAGUGUCUGUGACUCCAAAAGAAACCUGUCAGCAGAUCAGCAAUUAAUUGAUUUAUUAGAAAACAAAAGCUUAGAAAGCACAUUGAUUUUGAGUCAGAACCACAGUGAUGAGGAGGAGGAAGAGGAAGAAAAUGAGGAGGAAAACUUAGCUGUAGCAACAGGCAUGAGGGAAAGGCCCGAGGUAUUACAUCUCACCGAGCCCGCUACUAACAUCCCAAGGGGAAAGAACCGAGGCUUCCAUGUAAAUGCAGCCAAGAAAGGGAGCCUGGAGGUGGUAGACCAGAUUCCUGGGCCUCAGAGCGCUUUCCCUCCCUCAGCCUGUCAGUGUCACUGUAAACACGUGGAAAGGUGGACAUGUGGCCUCGAGAAUGAUGAAUUUGAAAUGGAGAAACCCGAGGCUUAUAAACCAGACCUGUACAAAAGCAAAACCAAUAAUAUCACCGUGGAGGGGGAGCCCACCGCUACCCCAUCAGAGCCAUUCAAAGUGAAGCAUGAGCUUUUGAAAGAACCUUGGAAAGAAAGUGCAGAGGGAAGAAAAGGUUUCCCCACAUUUUUUCUUGAAGGAAGUGAGCUCAAAUCAGAAGACAUGGAUUUUGAGAAUAAAGAUGAUUAUGAUAGAGAUGGAAACUGCCAGAUUCCAGAUUAUCCAGGGAAAUACUCUGAAGAGGAGAGCAAGAGCUCGACAUCGGGCAUCGCUGGAGACAUUGGGGAUGACCUACAGGAGGCUCGGGCUCCCACCAUCGCCCAACUCCUGCAGGAGAAAACCCUCUAUUCCUUCUCUGAAUGGCCAAAGGAUCGUGUGAUAAUUAACCGCCUAGAUAAUAUCUGCCACGUAGUGUUAAAAGGAAAGUGGCCCUCCAGCCAGCAGUACGAGCCCUUGGGCACACUGCCCACCCCAGUGCUAACCAGCAGUGCUGGUUCUCGGAACAGCCUCUCAGAGCCAGAAGCAGCAGAGCACACCUUCAGCAAUGGCACGGCAUUGGCAGCCCAAAUCCAGAAGGAGAGUUUCUUAGCUCCAGUAUUCACAAAGGAGGAACAGAAGCACAGACGUCCCUAUGAGUUUGAGGUGGAGAGGGAUGCAAAGGCUCGCAGCCUGGAGCAGUUCUCUGCUGCCCACGGGCACCCCCCCAUCGUCCUCAAUGGCUGGCAUGGGGAGUCAGCUAUGGACCUCUCCUGCUCGUCAGAGGGGUCCCCAGGAGCCACAUCCCCUUUCCCAGUGGGCACCAGCACCCCUAAGAUUGGGGCUAUUGGUUCACUUCAAGGAGCCCUUGGCAUGGAUUUGUCUGGAAUUCUACAAGCUGGCCUGAUCCAUCCAGUGACUGGGCAGAUCGUCAAUGGAAGCCUUAGAAGAGAUGAUGCGGCCACAAGGAGGCGGAGGGGGAGGCGGAAACAUGUUGAAGGAGGGAUGGAUCUCAUCUUCUUGAAGGAGCAAACACUUCAGGCAGGAAUCUUGGAAGUCCAUGAAGACCCAGGGCAGGCCACCUUGAGCACCACACACCCGGAAGGGCCAGGGCCUGCUACCUCGGCCCCCGAGCCAGCCGCAGCAGCCGGCAGCCAAGCUGAGAAAGCCAUUCCCAGCAAGAGUCUGCUUGACUGGCUGAGGCAGCAGGCUGACUACUCCUUAGAAGUUCCCAGCUUUGGGGCAAAUUUUUCAGACAAACCAAAGCAGAGGAGGCCACGCUGUAAAGAACCUGGAAAAUUAGAUAUCAGCUCUCUGAGCGGGGAAGAAGGGGUUCCUGCCGUCCCCAAGGAGCCAGAACUGAGGGAUUUGUAAAUGAGGAGCCACACAUUGCAUUUGGUUUUAGGUCUCUUUUUACCCAGUGAAUAUCUGUUGGAUGAACCUACUUAACCUUCCUGGGAGGAGAAAGGAAGCUGUGGUCACCACCUUCUCUUAACUCCACCCAAGAGUUAAGUUUUAGAGUUGCAAUAACUGCUACCAUGUAUUGACGAAGAUAUUCUUCUUGGGCUGGAAUGCCCACAUAAUUAGCUAGAUAAGCAGAUUUGCCUGCAGUGUUGCCUGAACACAAGGAGUCUCAUUUCCUUGCUUCCUUUGCCUUCUCCCCAGGCCGCCUCUGGAAGAGGAAGCAGAUUUGCUCCCAGGGUAUAAUUACCAGGAGGGAGAGCUGCCAAAGCCCGCCAUGGCCGCUGUGUGUGGUCGCCAAGCUGCUGGGAGGGGCACCUGCCUGGGGUGGGCAGCAGCUGGUGGUUGGAGCAACUCUCCUCCACAGGAAGUGGUUAAAGCCAACUUCCUGUGCCAGCAUUCCUCUUGCUCUGCUGUAGGUGACAAACUGUUCUCUUCACCUCCAGGGCCUUUCUGCUGCUGUUCUCUAGAUCCAAAGGGAAGAGAAGGCCAGCUGAGAACACUCCUGGUUCUCAGCAAGGGUAGGGAAAGGAUGCUGUUUGACAUCCAGAUGCCUGAGGAGUGCCACUUAAGCUUAGUGGGCAGGGCCAAGAAGGCCAAAAGUCCUGUUGGGGGUGUAGGCUGGUCCUAGAUGCCCUGACAAGGGACUCAAAGCAUGUUAAAGAAGAUCUGAUUUAUGGCAGAUUGCUUGAAAGUAAGAAAAAGGCAUUAUUCAUCAAGCUCUGGACUUGUUUUCUUCCCAAUAGAAAGAGUUCUGAGAUGGAACAUGCCCCUCUCACUGGAGAGUUAGGGAACAUUUGUGGGUAUGGAGGAAAAAGACACUCCCCAGCACCUUUGCCUGGCUCUUGGUUGUGGGUGGGCUGCAGGAAGAGAGCUUGGAGAGGCCUGUGGUUGAGUUGUGGUCGAGUUGUGGUUACCCUGGUCAGGCCCUGGGCCAAGGUGGCAUGCCAGCCAGGCCUGAGACUGCUCAGUGUAGACAGAGUGACUGGCCCAGAAUGAGGUGAUUUGCACUGAUGAGCUCAAGACAGGCUGGUGAGAAAUUAUCCUUUUAGCCUGGCCCCAAUAAAUAGGAACCAGCCAGGAAUUACUCCCCAAGUGACCGUCCCUGGAGCCAGAGUGGGCAGUUGCCCAGCACACUCCAGGACAAACCAGCCUAGCAAAUUGCAAGUGGCUGGUCCUGUUGGGAAGGAGGGAGGGGUAUGGUGUGGUGUAGAAAGAGCCCUUGGGCAGGGAGCUACAGGGCCUGGAUUCUCACUUGCUCUGUUCCUAACCAGCUGUGCCCCGGGGGAGAUCCCUGCCCCUCUCUUUGUGAAAAGGAAGGGGACCGGACAUGGCAGGUUCAGGGGAUUCUUCCAGCUCUGUGAUACUAUUAACAAACCAAGGCUUUUUUGAGAAGAAUUUUCUCCACAAAGUUGCCAUCAUAAAGCUUUUCAUCUAUGAUGAACUGGUUUUACUUGAAUAUUCUUGGGAAGGUGAAGAACAGGUAGGAGACUUCAAAAAAAUAACUAUUUCUGGGGUCUGGGAAACAUUCAUAUACACAUGAUUAGUUGAGGUAAUGCUGAUGGAAUCUUUAGUUUAAUACCAGAUACAUGGUCAGUGCUGCCUUCACGGUAGCUGGCAUUUCUUCUGCAGCUCGUCCUGGUCUCACCACCACCUUCAUUGCCGCCUGGAACUGCCAGUCCCCUCACUCCGCAACCCCACCACCACGGGGACUGGCGCAGCCCAGCUGCUGCUCACUGUGGGGCCCACCUAACGUGUGCCCCCACAGCUCGUAAGAACCAGAAACCAGUGCCACCAACUAACCCUACGACUGCCCCUUAGUGAAAAUCUGGUGGGUUUUCUAAGGAUUUUGCUUUUUUAAUAGUUUUGAGAGAAGAGAGGUGAUAAAACCAGUGGGAAAUGCCACCCAGGUGCUUAGAUAUCCUUAGCUUCCCUGACUUCUUUCUCCACAUGCUCUCGGGCUCCGUGCCUUCCUAAGAGGGGUUUUCUGGUGUCUCUUAGACCCGCAUCUCCGUUCUUGCCCCAGGACUGCGCUCUGUUGAGUGCAGCCAGCUCCCUGGCUGUGGGCUGGGGGGCUGCUGCUUGUCAGUUCCCACUCCCCACUCACUCCAGACUCUUGAGGGAAGGGAAGGCAUUUGCACAGAGGACAAUUCUGAAAAGGCAACAGAUGCAGCUCACAGACACGUGCCAGCAACUUUCCCACCUCGUGUCACCGUGUAGGCUCCCUGUUCCAGCUCUCACGGUAACCUGUGUCCUCAGUGGGAUCCAGUGAUACAAGAUGCCUUGAGGCCAUUCUGAACGCCUUAGCCUCCCCAUUGCCGUGAUCAGAGGGAAGGGGGAGAAAUAACUCCGGCUUUGUAUCGGGAACCGUAAGGAGACGCCUGGGCAGUGAGGGCCCCUUCCCGCCAGUGUGGCUUGGAAAGGGCAGCUGAUGGCCCAGCACCAACAGGGAAGGGCUUUUUCUUCGUGCAGUACUUCUCCUCUGUAAGAAAACACUGAGACUGCUGAACAGCACAAGUAAAAUGUGUCCUUUUUUAAUACCGUGGACAUGUAUUACUUGGUAAGCUAACUAAUGAUAGUGAAGGGUGGAGGGCAAUAGAGAAAGGUGUGCAGUUAUCUGGGAGACCGGGCAUUGCAGACACUGAGUCGUAAGAGAAAUUUCUCCCUUUCUGUGGGGAAAACAUUUCUUUCUUUAUAUAGCGAUGAUUCACAUCUUUGAAACAAAUUCAGAGAGAGAUAUGUCAUAAUUGCAGUGGUUUGUUUACCCGUGUGCAGUUAGACACUCCAGAGAGCAGGUACACGGCAUGUCUGCAUGGUCCUGCAGAGCUCCCAGGCCGCGUUCUCAGAGGAAGGAGAGUGCAUGGCUGCAGCCUGUGCUUUCCUCUCCACGAGCUGUCUCCUGCUCGCUGAUGAUGUUACCAGAGCAGUCUGCUUCCUUUGUGUGGCUUUCAUUCUGAUGGGUGACAGGGAAGUGUCCAGCGCACAAGGUCAGAUGACUUGUGUGCAGCGCUGUUGGCAGCCCAGGCCCUGUCACCCUGCAGUCCAUGCAGAACAGAAGUAUUUUACUGUGGAGCUCUUUGCCAAUCAAGAAAAAUGGGCUGAGUGUGAUAGUGCUCAUCUAUAGUCCCAGCUCUUGGGAGGCCGAGGCAGGAGGAUGGCUUGAGCCCAAAAAGAAAAUUGUAGGUUAAACCUCCAAAUAGAAGAAAAAUAGAUGGUCUCCCUUAAGGGAAACCAGAAUAUCAGUUAUUUUGGUGGUGGUUCCUCUAGAGCGUCCCUCAUUUCUUCAGCAAAUGUGUGCACACCCCAUUACAUUCAGAGAGGUUGCCCUCCAGGAGUUCAGGAUCCAGAGGGGAGUAGGGCGCGCACACAGUGAACAAGUAGUGCCCCUUUUGCAAGCACUGCUUCCUGUGGGCCUGGUGAUGUAGAAAACGCUUUCAGUGACUCUGAAAGAUAGGUUUGCAUUGUCGUUUUCACCAAACUCUGAGAGAUUGCCCGACGUGUCCUCACAGCCAGCGGGGUGCAGAGUCAGGAUUGAAGCUCAGGUCUGUCCGGCUUCAAAACCCUGCUCUGCUUUAUCGUUUCAAUAAAAACCUUCCUGUGUUACUCGGAAGGCAAAUGUUGGGGUGAGGCAUCUUUAGUCACGGUCUCCAGCUCCCAGGUCUCGGCCAGCUUCUCACAGGCCGGACACCACCUUUGCUGGUGAGUGUGUUGGGAGCACUGCUUGGUGGUGACAGGCGCCCUGGUUGUGCCCGUGCCAUCACAUGCUCUCGGGGAAGCCCUUCAGGUACCGGUAGGCGGAGCUGCACAAGGCUGAGCCGGUGGGUGGGCGGCGCCCCAGUCCUCACCCUCAGCUGACCACCUGCCAUCUAGUAACCUUGUAUUU